AUGAUAACACAAUAUAUAUUAUCAACAAUGGUUCAGGCAAUAACCGUUCUCACCGUAUUAAAAAUGUUAACGAAUGCGCAAACAACUUGCAAUCAUGGCAUGGGUAGAGUCGCUUACGAACGUAUACCAGAUCACCAAUUGCAAGGUUUUGAUGAUGACGUAGUAAGGGAUACCAUACCACCUUUUAGAAUGUUGGAAAAAUGUCAGGAUUUAUGUUUGAGAGAUCGCACGGCCGUUAAUAAUCUCGUUAGAACGUGUACCUCCUUCAAUUUUCAACCUGGUAUGAGAAUAGGAGGUUUCGGUGGAAAUCCAGAAUAUGAAGAAUCCAUUUGUUACCUGACGAGGGAACAAGCGCAUCCCGAAGGAAUAGGAAAUUUGGUUUUGGUACCCAACAGCGUUCAUUACACCGAAGUUUGCCUUUCAUCGAAUCGACUCGAACGAGAAUGUCCGAAUCGUCGAUACGUUUACGAAAGACAUCCGAGAAAAAAAUUAAAAUUAUUAGCGUCGGAUCAUAAAGAAGUACAAACGGCAAAUCGUACGGAAUGCGAAGAAAGAUGUCUGAACGAAUUUUCAUUCGUUUGUCGUUCGGCAACGUAUAACACGGUGGAAAGAAGUUGUUCGAUGAGUAGAUUUACCAGAAGAUCACAUCCGGAACUAUUACAAGAUGAUCCGAAUGCAGAUUAUUUAGAAAACACGUGUUUAAGCCCCGAACGUAGGUGCGAUGGCCUCGCUGUUUUUGUUAAAGAGGAAAAUAAAAAAUUAGGGGGACCAUUUGAAGUUGAUAUGUAUGUCAAUAUAACCCUGGAAGAAUGCCAAAAUUUAUGCUUAAGGGCCGAAAAGUAUUUUUGUCGGUCUAUUGAAUAUGACGACAGAAGAAGAGAAUGUAUCAUAUCCGAAGAAGAUUCUGUUUCACAAAGAGAUGAUUUAAGGUCAAGCAGUUCACCAUCAAGACAUCUUUUCGAUCUUGUUUGUUUGGAUAAUCCAAGAGGAGGUGAUUUUUCCGACAAUUCGGCAACAUCUCAUCUAUUUGCCGACGGUCGUCGUCCGGACACAGCUUUUCAACGUUUUAGAAAUUCAAGAUUGGGCGGGGAAUUUCAUUCGGAAAUAACAAGUAGAACGUUAAGCGAAUGUUUAGACGAAUGUUUAAGACAGGCUAGUUUUCAGUGUCGUUCCGCCGUUUAUAGCGAACGUUUGAGGGUAUGCAGAUUAAGUAGAUUUAAUCAGAGAGAUGGUCAUAGAAUAAUAUACGAUCCUGAAUUUGAUUAUUAUGAAAAUUUAAUGGCUUAUGAAGGUGAUAAUUUUAAUCAAAAUUUUAGACCGGAUCCAUUAGGACAAGAUACUAAUUAUCAUUCUCAUGGUAGACCACCUUUUGGUAACGGUUAUCAAAGUUUCGGAGGGGGAAAUGGAGGUGGUGGUGGUAAUGGUGGCGGAGGAGGUUUUUCGAACGGUGGUGGAAAUUACGGGGGCGGUAGUGGCGGCGGAGGAAAUUAUGGGGGUGGUUACUAUGGGGGAGGAGGAGGAGGAGGAAACUACGGAGGCGGGUCACAUUAUGGAGGAAAUCAUUUUUACGGAGGGGAAUACGUAAGCGGAGGAUAUAGUAACGGACCAGGAGGUGGCGGUGGAUACAGUAGUCGACCUAGCGGAUACGGAAGCGGUCCUGGUGGAAGUUUUGGCAGUGGACCGAGCGGCGGCUACGAGGGGCCUAGUGGUGGUGGUGGAAUCAUAUAUAUAUCUAGGCCGGGACCUAUUAGCAGUUAUGGAAGUAGCGGAAAUGGUUAUGGAAGCGGAGGCGGUUUUAGUAGUAGUGGAAGCGGUUAUGGAAGUGGAGGAACUUAUGGUAGUUACGGGAGUGGAGGCGGUUAUGGAAGUAGCGGGAGUGGAUAUUUUUCUGGGCCGGGGAGUUCUGGCUUUAGUGGACCCAUAAUUGGAAUCACGUUUAGUGGUGGCCCAGGAGAUCAUCCAAGCAGCUCGGGCAGUUAUUACGGUAGUAGCGGACACGGGGGUGGCAUUUAUAGUGGAAGCCACUACGGUAGUAGUAGCAGCUUCGGUAGUUAUGGAGGAAGUAGUGGAAGUUAUAGUCACGGAGGAAGCAGCGGAAGUAUUUACGGAAGCGGUCACAGAGUUUACGGUUCUGGAGGAGGCUACGGUGGAGGAAGUUCUCAUCCCAGUGGAAAUGAUUAUGGGAGUGGUUAUCCGAUCAGUUUUUCGGGAAGGCCUAUUUCGGAGAGCGGAGGCGGUUACCCCGUCGGAUUUUCUGGAAGGCCUGGUCCGGAUAAUGGAGGCGGAUAUGGAAGUGGCUAUCCGUUUGGUUUUUCGGGAAGGCCUGUUUCAGAUAACGGAGGAUAUUCCGGAGGAAGUCAUUCUUCAAAUGGAGGAUAUUCUGGAAGUUCUUCUGGAGGAAGCCAUUCUUCAAGCAGUGGAUAUUCUGGAAGUUCGUCUAGUAGUCAUCGUGGCGGACAGUCGAGCACUCAUUCUGGGCAUGGAAGUCAUUCUGUUGGGUAUUCUUCCGGAGGAAGCGGCGGAAGUUCCACAAGAUACGGCGGUGGAACUAUUAGUGGAGGAAGUUCAAGUAACACUAAUUCAUUCAGUAUUGCGUAUGGAGGAGAAAAAUUUGGUGGAAGUUCAUCUUACGGCUCAGGGGGGUCAAAUGGAUACUUUGGGCCAGGAGGACCGGGUGGACCCUAUGGUUCAGGAGGACCGGGAGGAUCCUACGGAUCAGGAGGACCGGGUGGAUCUUACGGCCCGGGUGGUCCAGGUGGAUCCUAUGGAUCGGGUGGUCCAGGUGGACCCUAUGGUUCGGGUGGUCCAGGUGGAUCCUAUGGUUCGGGUGGCCCCGGUGGAUCCUAUGGAUCGGGUGGGCCUUUUGGCCCAGGAGGACCUAAUGGACCUUAUGGCCCUGGAGGUCCUGGUGGAUCAUUUGGACCUGGUGGACCAGGAGGAGGAUCUUACGGCCCCGGAGGAUCGAGUGGUUCUUUUGGUCCGGGUGGACCUGGAGGUCCUUACGGCCCUAGCGGAUCAUUUGGACCAGGAGGUCCCGGUGGUCCUGGAGGAUUCUUCGGAGGCAGUAGCAGCGGCGGAGGAUUUUCCGGUGUUGGUUUUCCCCAAGGCUACCCUGGCUUCUCAGGAAGCGGUUACGGAGGCUUCGGAGGAAAUCCAGAAAGUUUUUUCGGAAAUAAAUUUUCGUCUCGAUGCGACGAAGGAGAUAGCUUUAGACAAGUGGGCGUUCGUUUAAGAAUUCGUAAACCUUACAUCAGAAAGUUUAUGUCCGCUCCAUCCGUAUCCAUUUGCGAACGUGAAUGCGCCGAUGUUAGAGAUUUUGUUUGCAGAUCUUUCAAUUACAGAUCAUACAGUCCUCAGUACAGUCCUCCGAGUCCAGAAAAUUGCGAAUUGAGUGACAAGGAUUCAAGAGAAUUAGAAAUUAACAGUCCAGCUAACUUUGAAACUAGCGGUGAAUACGAUUAUUUUGAAAGAUCUCCAGGAAAGCAGAGACAAGGAGAUUGUCUCGAAGUGAGCCAACAGUGCAAUGAAGACGGAAUGGAAUUCGCAUUGAGAACGCCUGAAGGAUUUUACGGUAGGAUAUACACUUACGGAUACUACGAUCGUUGCUUCUUCAGGGGAAACGGAGGAACCAUAAACGUUUUAAGAAUAAGCGGAGCUCAAGGUUAUCCUGAUUGCGGUACAGAAAGAUACGGAGACACCAUGACCAACAUAGUUGUAGUACAAUUUUCAGAUUUUGUACAAACCGGCAGAGACAAAAGAUAUAAUUUAACUUGUCUUUUUCGAGGGCCAGGGGAAGCAGUUGUAACUUCCGGUUACAUAGGAGCAGGAUCCGGAAGUCCGAUCCCAAUAGAAUAUUUACCGGCGGAAAAUUCAUUGAGUUCAAGAGUUCGUCUCAUGAUAUUGUACCAAAAUCGUCCGACCACUACCAUAGCAGUCGGGGAUCCACUAACGUUCCGUUUGGAAGCUCAAGAUAGUCACAAUUACGCCACUGAUAUUUUCGCCACAAACGUCAUUGCAAGAGAUCCUUAUUCCGGAAGAUCCGUUCAAUUAAUCGAUAGAUUCGGGUGUCCAGUCGAUAAUUACGUUUUCCCAGGUUUGGAUCGUUCGAGAGACGGCGACGGUUUAGAAGCACGUUUUAACGCAUUUAAAAUUCCGGAAUCUAAUUUCUUAGUUUUCGAAGCAACCGUGAGAACGUGCAGAGACGGUUGUCAACCAGCAUAUUGCACGGGACAAACAGGAAGAAGCGAACCGUCUUUCGGAAGGCGUAAAAGAGAAAUAAACGAAACGGGAGAAGUUAUUGAAACAAUCGUCGUGUCAUCGACGGAUCCCCCGCAAUCCCUCCCGUUGAACACGUCAUCGACAAAAUCCCCAACGACGGAAGUAAAAUCUCAUUCGAUUCCGUCGAAAUCAAAAAGGGAAAAAUCAAUGGCGUCGACAACGAUACGAGUACCCAUCGGAGAAGUUGUCACAAUGAAACAUCCAAUAAAAUUAAAUAACACUGCCAAAUCUAUAAACAGCAUUCCUGUCGAAAUAAAAGAUGUUAAAAAUAAAAAAGACAAAGAUGGAAAAGAUAAAGAUGGGGAAAAAGGAGAAGAAGCAGGAGGAGGAGAAGAAGAAGGAGAAGAAGAAUUCGUGAGGGAAAUGAUUAAGGUUUUAGAUUCCCGUUACGACAUAAGUAACGAACCCGCUCCUGAAGUUAUGGCGACAAAAUCUCACACGAUAUGCAUGGCUAACGAAGAAUAUUACGGUUUGAUAUCCGCACUUGUCGUCAUUCUGUCAGCACUUUUGGUAUUUGCCGUUUUAUUAGGACUAGCGUACAGGAAAUAUUGGGCGUUGGGUACGAAAAAUGCGGAAGCGAACGCAUCGAACGGACAACAACAACAGCAAAGAAAAGGAACGGGUUUAGAUCGUCGGCCAUUUUCAUUUUUAAUGAACGCAUCGCAAAAUUUUAGAAAUAAAAAUCCGUCGUCCCAUUGUAUAUCACCCGGCGAACUCAUACCUGAUUAUCACAGUUCAUUUUCCGGUUUUCCAAAUUCCGAUGGAAAAUUAUCGUACAGUCUUUUCGGUUUGAAAAAUCGCGCGGAUUCGGAUUUUAAAAAAGGUUGGAACGAUUCCGGUUUUAAACUAUCUAGAAAAUUAAAAGAUGGCACCACGUUUGGCAAAACCGCCGCGGGAACUCUAACGAAAAAAAUGUUCGAUACGAUAUUCGCACAGGAAACGAACAACCGGAAGUCGCCGGUUUUCAAAAAAAAUCCUCUUAAUUGCGAUGAUAAUUUUGCUAUGGUCACCCCUCCGGACGUACGAUUAGACGAUCCGAGCGAACCUAUUUACACGGAUCCAUCAUUUUUCGAUUUGGAAAGAUCUAGAAGUCUUAGAAGCAUAGCCGUAUCAACCGGAAAUAACAACAACAACACCGGACAAAACCAAUCGUCAAAAUCAAACAAUGAUGAUCAUGAUGAUGACGUUUAA